AGACCCCCAAUUAUCCAUACUUAUAGGAGGAAGGGUAGAAAAGUAACUGCACAGGGAAUUAUUAUGGAGAAAUGAUUGGAAGGACGUUCUGAGUGGUAGGGCCCACUGGGCUGAGGAAUAUGUGAGUCUAUAAAUAGGAUUAUUAGGUUGGAGUAGCUAGGGUAUUUUUAACUUUUAGGAGGUAGGGCUACAGCAGCCACCAGGGUCUCUUAAAACCAAGAGGCUGGUAUGAUCUUUUCUGCAUUUUUCCUUGUUGUUUCUUGUUAUUUCUUUUCAUCUUGUGAAUCUGGAUCAUUUGGCUUUAUAUAUAAAUAAAGUAAACCAGAGUACCGCCUCUGUUUAAGCCAUUUAUACAGUCCUUUCAGUCUAAAUUAUUGUUAGUAUCCUAACAAUUGGUAUCAGAGCCCGAAAAAACUGGGGGUGGUUACUAGACUAAUGGCGCAGAGACAAAUAGAAGACAGAGUGGAUGGAACUGAGAAGGAAAUAAUGGGUCUGAAAGAGAUGCUGUUAGAAAUGAAAAAAGCAAUGGAACGAAUGGCUGAGGAUCUAAGAGAGAACCAUAGCUACAAAAGAAGGGAGGAAUCUGGGACCUCCGACGGUUCAGUAAUGAAACUGAAGGGAAAAGCUGAGGAAACCGAUGUUCAUAACGAAGGGAACUUGACCAUGGGUGACCGUAGUAAAUAUAAGAAAUUAGAGAUGCCAAUGUUCUUGGGAGAAAACCCGGAAUCUUGGGUUUACAGGGCAGAGCAUUUUUUUGAGAUCAAUAAUCUACCCGAGACCGAAAAGGUCAAGGUAGCAGUAGUCAGCUUUGGACAAGAUGAGGUAGACUGGUACAGAUGGUCACACAAUCGGAGGAAGGUGGAGUCGUGGGAGGAUCUAAAAGAAAGGAUGUUUGAUUUUUUUAAAGACACAGGGCAGAAGAGUUUAGUGGCGAGACUGAUCAGGAUUGAACAAGACGGUUCCUACAAUGAUUAUGUAAAGAAAUUUGUUAAUUAUUCAGCACCCCUGCCCCACAUGACAGAGAGUGUGUUAAGGGAUGCAUUCCUGACUGGGCUAGAGCCGAACCUGCAAGCUGAAGUCGUGAGCCGCAAUCCACUAACAUUGGAGGAGUGUAUGAGAGAGGCACAGCUGGUCAACGACAGAAAUUUAGCCCUGCAAUGGUCCAAGGCAGAAGGGGGAGGACGGAAUUACAAAAAAGGCGAAGGAAGCACGAACAAGGGUCCAGAAGGUGGGGAGAAGGGAAUCACCAGGAAAACAGAGUUUCCUUUGAAACAGGUGACAAUUCCCAUUAAAGGCAACUACCAGAAGAGUGAACCACCAGUGAAACGCUUAUCGGAUGCGGAAUUCAGAGCACGACUUGACAAGGGUCUGUGUUUUAAAUGCAAUGAAAGGUACUCCCCUGGACAUCGAUGCAAAAUGAAGGACAAAAGAGAGCUGAUGCUGUUUAUCAUGAAUGAAGAAGAAAGUCUGGAAGACGAAGACAGAACAGAGGAAACUAAUGAAGAAGUAUUAGAGUUGAAUCAGCUUACACUGGAGGAGGGAACCGAAAUUGAGUUAAAGGCAAUACAUGGCCUAACAAGUAAAGGAACGAUGAAGAUCAAAGGCGAAAUUAAAGGGAAAGAAGUAUUGAUACUGAUUGACAGUGGGGCCACCCACAAUUUCAUACACAACAAAAUUGUGGAGGAAGUGGGACUGGAGUUAGAGAAUCAUACUCCGUUUGGAGUCACUAUCGGAGAUGGUACAAGAUGCCAAGGAAGAGGCGUGUGUAACAGGUUAGAACUAAAACUUAAAGAGAUCACAAUCGUGGCUGAUUUUUUAGCAAUUGAACUGGGGAGUGUAGAUGUGAUUCUAGGGAUGCAAUGGUUAAACACAACGGGAACCAUGAAGAUACACUGGCCAUCCUUGACCAUGACAUUUCGGAUGGGAAAAAAACAGUUUAUCUUAAAAGGAGAUCCUUCACUUAUUAGGGCAGAGUGCUCUCUGAAAACUAUUGAAAAAACAUGGGAAGAGGACGACCAAGGCUUCUUACUCGAAAUGCAGAACUAUGAGGCAGAGGAAGAUGGGGAAUUGGAUGAAGUACAGAGAGUAAAGGGGGAUGAGGAAGAAUCUCCAAUGAUUCAAGUCUUACUCCAGCAGUACACGGAUUUAUUCGAAGAACCGAAGGGAUUACCACCAAAAAGGGAGUGUGACCAUCGUAUUUUGCUGGUAACCGGCCAGAAACCUAUCAAUGUGAGACCUUACAAAUAUGGCCACACACAAAAAGAAGAAAUCGAGAAGUUAAUAUCUGAAAUGCUCCAAGUUGGGAUAAUACGACCCAGUCACAGCCCUUACUCGAGUCCUGUGUUGCUGGUAAGAAAGAAAGACGGAGGGUGGAGAUUCUGUGUUGAUUACAGAAAAUUAAAUCAAGUAACCAUAUCGGAUAAAUUUCCAAUACCCGUGAUAGAGGAAUUGCUAGACGAACUGCAUGGGGCCACUGUUUUUUCAAAACUGGAUCUCAAAUCUGGAUAUCAUCAGAUACGGAUGAAGGAGGAGGAUGUGGAAAAGACAGCAUUCAGAACCCAUGAAGGACACUACGAGUUUCUGGUCAUGCCGUUCGGCCUCACUAACGCACCAGCUACUUUCCAAUCUUUAAUGAAUCUGGUCUUUAAACCCUUCCUCAGGAGAUGUGUACUGGUAUUUUUUGAUGAUAUAUUGAUAUACAGCACGAAUCUCACAGAACACGAAAAGCAUUUGGCCAUGGUUUUUGCAGUAAUGCGGGAUAACCAGUUAGUUGCUAACAAAAAAAAAUGCGUAAUAGCCCAUUCACAGAUUCAGUAUUUGGGGCAUUUAAUAUCCAGUAGAGGGGUUGAAGCUGAUGGAGACAAGACAAGAUCAAGGACAUGGUAAAUUGGCCCCAACCCAAAGAUGUAACCGGAUUGAGGGGGUUCUUAGGGUUGACAGGUUACUACAGAAGAUUCGUCAAAGGGUAUGGGGAGAUGGCAGAACCGCUGACCAAAUUAUUACAAAAGAACUCAUUCCUAUGG